CCAACUGUGGUUUCAUCGUCUAACCAAGACAGCUGCCUACCACACAAUGGCCUCCAAGCUUCUGGUCUGCAGCUGCAUGGUGAUGACCCUCAUGGCUCUCAUGGCCUUACAGGCCAUGCCCAGAGGCCUUGAUGAGACAUUCAUGGCCGACAAGCACGCCCAGUGGAUGGCGAAACACGGCCGGGUUUACCCCGACGAUGCCGAGAGGGCGCGGCGAUUUCAGAUCUUCAAGGCUAAUGUUGAUCUUAUCGAGUCCUUUAACUCUAGGAACCAAUCUUACAUAUUGGGUAUCAACCAGUUUGCAGAUAUGACGAAUGAGGAGUUCCUAGCUGCCCGGACGGGCUUGAAGAAGACGUCCAGCGGUAGGGCAAGCGGUAGCCCUUUCAGGUAUGCGGGUGUGACUGCUGUCCCACCCUCCAUGGACUGGAGGGUGAAAGGUGCAGUAACACCAGUGAAGGACCAAGGACUAUGUGGUUGCUGCUGGGCUUUCUCGGCGGUGGCAGCCAUAGAAGGUCUUACGAAACUCAAGACAGGCAAGCUCAUCUCCCUCUCCGAGCAGCAGCUCGUCGACUGCGACAUCCAUGGGUCCGACGAGGGCUGCAACGGCGGCCUCAUGGACUCUGCCUUCCAGUACAUUAUCAAUAACCAUGGUCUCACCACGGAGGCAAACUACCCUUACAUGGGCAGUGAUGGCACCUGCAACGCCCGCAAGAACAAGAGUCCCGCAGCGACGAUCCGCGGCUUUGAGGACGUGCCAGCUAAUGACGAGGCGGCGCUGCUGAAGGCAGUGGCUAACCAGCCGGUCUCUGUCGCCAUAGAUGCCGGUGGCUACGCUUUCCAGUUCUAUAAGAGCGGUAUCUUUUCCGGAGACUGCGGUACGCUUCUGAACCACGCGGUGACGGCAGUGGGGUACGGCACAGCGAAGGACGGGACCAAGUACUGGCUGGUGAAGAACUCGUGGGGGUCAAGCUGGGGCGAGGGCGGCUAUAUCAGGAUGAAAAGCGACAUAGCCUCAAAGAGCGGUCUCUGUGGUAUAGCCAUGCAGGCCUCCUACCCUACGGCAUAAGUCUUCGUCUCCCAAGCACCUACUGCUGCAUGGCUGCUGCUGCAUGUGGCCCUUAAUCUAGCUACUGGUCUGCACGUAUGAUUUGCACAAAAUAUCAAAUUAUGAAAUAUCUCAUAAAUAUAUACAUAUAUAUACUCGCAUAUAUGUAUGUAUUACAUAUAUAUACAAAGCCGAAAAAGGUGCUCCAUGCCGCAAGAUCGAUAGUGGCAGGGAUCUAAUAUGUCAUGUGGACAAGGAUUGAUGUAUUAUCUACCUUGGUUAAAUGUAUGAAGGAAAAUUUAUACUGUAGAUAUGGAUGGAUUUAUG